AUGCUUCUUGUUGAUUUUAAAGAAUUUCAAGAAAAGGUUUAUACUCAAUUCAGACCCUGGCAUCGUUCAUUCCAAUUCUGGACCAGAGCCAUUGAUAUCUACACCGGCUACAAGGUGUUUCAAGUCAGAGUAAAUUUUGUGAAAGAUGCGGCGACGAGGGAGGCAAUGUGGGAGAAACAGCACGAAAUUGCGGCUGAUAAGAUAUAUGAUAUGUGUGCUGACCUCGGAGGCUUUUUUCUUAAGGUUGCACAAAUUAUUGGGAAGCCGGACUUGGCACCGGCUGCUUGGGUGAGAAGGCUGGUCACACUGUGCGAUCAGGCUCCGGGCACCCCAUAUAAUGUGAUCAAGAAUGUGCUCGAGAAGGAGUUGGGUCAAAGUGUGGAAGAACUAUUCGAAAGAUUUGACGUGCAUCCUCUUGGUUCUGCUUCAAUCGCACAGGUUCACCGAGCACGGCUUAGAGGUGAUAAAAGUGAUGUUGUUGUGAAGGUCCAGCAUCCUGGUGUGCAAGACUUGAUGAUGACUGAUAUCCGCAACUUGCAAGCUUUUGCAUUAUACAUGCAAAAGACAGACAUAAAGUUUGAUCUAUAUUCUGUAACCAAGGAAAUGGAGAAACAGAUUGGAUAUGAGUUCAAUUUUGUGAGGGAGGCCGAUGCUAUGGAGAAAAUUCGGCGAUUCCUGUAUGAAAAUAACAAAAAGGCUCCAGUUUUGGUGCCACGAGUGAUCAGAAAUAUGUUCACAAGGAGGGUUCUAGUGAUGGAGUAUAUUGAUGGUGUUCCUAUCCUGCAGCUUGGGGAUGAGAUGGCUAAAAGAGGCAUAAAUCCUGGUGGUAAGGUUGCCGCAGCUGCAAAGCAGAACAUACUUAAAAGUUUGACACUUGCUUAUGGGCAGAUGAUACUAAGGAGUGGUUUCUUUCACGCUGAUCCUCAUCCAGGAAACAUUUUGAUUUGUAGAGGUUCUGAGGUUGCCUUGCUUGAUUAUGGGCAAGUGAAGUAUCUUCCUGAGACACUGAGGCUAGGAUAUGCUAAUCUUGUGAUUGCUAUAGCAGAUAAUGACCCUAUAAAGGCAUCUGAGAGCUACAGGGAGCUCGGCAUAGACACUUUCAGCAAAUGUGAGAAUGAGAAGAAAGAGUUGCUUAGAUUAGCCCAAACAAUGUUUGAUACGAAGCUACCACCUGGCGUAACAAUGUUGCAACCCUUUUCCGAUGAAUCUUCAAUUAAAAAGAUUGCUGUUCAGGCUUUCCCAGAAGAAUUGUUCUCUGUUCUACGUACGGUGCAUUUGCUUAGAGGGCUUAGUGUGGGGCUUGGAAUCAAUUACUCAUGUGCCGAGCAGUGGAGGCCCAUGGCUGAAGAAGCUCUAUAUCUUGCCGGGAGGCUAACAGAUAAAGAUCUCAAAAAAGCACAUAGACGUGGUAUUAUCAGGAGAUUAUUCGGGAGGUAG